ACGGUGAGGGACGCUUUGGAGGAGAAAGGCAACGCAGCGAGCUAAACACAAUGGCGACGUCGGCGACAACAGCAGGCGGGACGGGCUCAGGCGGAGGAGCGGCGGGUCUGGUCGGCGGCGGAACGGCGGUAGCCCGAAAGAAAGACGGCGGUCCUUCUACGAAAUUUUGGGAAAGUUCGGAAACGAUUUCUCAGCUUGAGACGGUGCGACUUUGGAUCGGAAAGCACUACAAGAAGUAUGUCCAGAAUGACUCUCCAUCCAGUAAGUCCCUGGCUGGCCUGGUGGUCCAACUGCUUCAGUUUCAAGAGGAUGCGUUUGGACGCAGGGUCAACAAUCCUCCUCUUACCAAGCUACCUGCCAAAUGUUUCCUGGAUUUCAAGGCAGGAGGAACUCUCUGUCACAUCUUGGGAUCAGUAUACAAGUAUAAAAGUGAGCAGGGCUGGAGGAGAUUUGACCUGCAGAAUCCGUCUCGGAUGGACCGGAAUGUGGAAAUGUUCCUAAAUGUUGAAAAACACCUGGUCCAGAAUAAUUGCCUGACACGGCCCCUCGUCUACCUGUCGCCAGAAAUUGAGCAGAAGCAGGUCAGCAAACUCAAAGACAUCAUCAAGAGGCACCAGGGUUCGGUCACCGAGGACAAGUCAAAGGCAACUCAUCACAUUCACCCAUCUUUGACACACCAGGAAGACGAGGAGUGGCUGCGUCCGGUCAUGAGGAAGGACAAGCAGGUCCUUGUUCACUGGGGCUUCUACCCAGACAGCUAUGACACCUGGGUAUCCACUGGUGAGGUGGAUGGUGACGUGGAAGAUCCUCCCAGCUCUGAGAAGCCCUGGAAGGUUCAUGCCAAGUGGGUUUUAGACACAGAUGCCUUCAAUGAGUGGAUGAAUGAGGAAGACUAUGAGCUGGACGAGAACAAAAAGCCUGUCAGCUUCCGACAGAGAAUCUUCCCCAAAGAGGAGGAGUCUUCCCGUACACCCGAUCGCAAGGAGCGCAAGGCAAACUCUGCUGGCAAGAAGAGGAGACGCUCGCCCUCGCCGCCCAGCACCCCAGCUGAGUCCCGAAAAAAAGGAGGAAAGAAGGGGAACCCAGGGCCUCACUGGAAGCGACGAGGACACAGAGGCGAGGAAGAGGACACUGAGGAGGACAUGACGAAGGACAUGGAUGACUCCUCUGCCGGCGCCAGCAUGGAGGACGGCGUGUCCAAGAACGAUGACAUGGAGGAUGAUUCGGUGCUGUCUGGUGGAAAGGAUGAUGAUGAACAAGGCAAAGGAGAAGUCAAUCGGAUGGAUGCUGGAGAGGACAAUGUAACUGAGCAGACUCAUCACAUCAUCAUUCCCAGUUAUGCUGCCUGGUUCGACUACAAUAGCAUCCAUGAGAUUGAGAGGAGAGCUCUUCCAGAGUUCUUUAAUGGGAAGAACAAAUCCAAAACUCCAGAAAUAUACCUGGCCUAUCGAAACUUCAUGAUUGACACGUAUCGGCUGAACCCUCAAGAGUACCUGACCUCCACUUCCUGUCGCAGAAACCUGACUGGGGACGUCUGUGCCAUCAUGAGGGUUCAUGCAUUCCUGGAGCAGUGGGGUUUGGUAAAUUACCAGGUGGAUGCUGAGAGUCGGCCGUUACCCAUGGGCCCCCCUCCCACGCCCCACUUCACUGUGCUGGCUGACACUCCCUCCGGCCUCAUUCCCCUCAACCACCGGCCUCCACCUAUUCCUCCUCCUCAGCCAAUGCCCAACUUUGCAGAUAAGUCCAAAGACAAAGCAAUUGACUUGCAGAACUUUGGCCUCCGCCCUGACCUCUACAAGAAAAACGCCAAACAGGGAAAGGGAGCCGGUACCACCAGAGAAUGGACUGAGCAAGAGACUCUACUGCUGCUUGAGGCCCUGGAAAUGUUCAAAGACGACUGGAACAAAGUGUCGGAGCAUGUUGGUUCACGCACCCAAGAUGAAUGUAUCCUGCACUUCCUGCGGCUGCCCAUUGAAGAUCCAUACCUCGAGAGCACAGAAACGUCUCUGGGCCCUCUGGCCUACCAGCCCAUUCCCUUCAGCCAGUCCGGAAACCCAGUAAUGAGCACAGUCGCCUUCCUGGCCUCAGUGGUGGAUCCUAGAGUGGCGUCUGCUGCAGCCAAAGCAGCUUUAGAGGAGUUUUCUCGCGUGCGUGAGGAAGUUCCUGCCGAGUUGGUGGAGGCUCACGUCAAGAAGGUCCAGGAGGCAGCAAGGAGCACCGGCAAGGUGGACCCGACCUUCGGCCUGGAGAGCAGCGGCAUCGCAGGAACCGCACCAGAGGAGCCCGAAAAAACAGAAGCCGCAGAACCAGAAAAGAUGGAAACAGAUUCGGACUCCCAACAGGCUGAUAAGGCUGAGAUGAAGGACGAGGCAGAAAAGCCCAGUGAGUCGGCAGAGAAAAGCGACAAGACGGAGAGCACAGAAAAGGUGAAGAAGGAAGGAGCAGAGGGAUCAGAGCAUGAACAGGAGAAGGAGGAAGAAGGAGAAACCAAAACAGCUUCAGCAGAUAAAGAUAAGGAUGAAACUAUGGACACCUCAUCUUCAGAUCAAGAGAAGGAGAAAGAGAAGGCAACUACCGAGGAGGGAGAGGAAAAGCAGAAGAAGUUGGAGCAUGACAUCGGAGAGGGAAACAUCGCUACAGCGGCCGCUGCUGCUCUCGCUUCUGCAGCCACCAAAGCCAAGCACUUGGCAGCAGUUGAAGAAAGGAAAAUUAAGUCCCUGGUUGCUCUGCUGGUGGAAACCCAGAUGAAGAAGUUGGAAAUCAAGCUGAGGCACUUCGAAGAGCUGGAGACCAUCAUGGACCGCGAAAAGGAAGCUCUGGAGCUUCAGCGGCAGCAGCUCCUCACCGAGCGCCAGGCGUUCCACAUGGAGCAGCUAAAAUACGCUGAGAUGAAGGCCAGACAACAGAUGGAGCAGCAAGCCGCCGCCGCCGCUGCUGCUGCAGCCGCCCAGGCUCAAGGUCAGGGCUCUGGACCUGGAGCCCAUCCCGGUCCCCCUCCACACGGUAUGCAUCACGGCGGACCCCCGCCCCACCACGGCGGCCCUCCUACUGCUCACCAUGGAGGACCACCGCCCCACCACGGCGGGCCUCCUCCUCACCAUGGAGGACCGCCACCAGGUGCUGCAAUGCAUCCUGGGUUCCCUCCAAUGGGCCACCAUCCCAUGGCCCCCCACCACCCAGGACAGACAGGACCGAUGGAACCGGGUCAGCCGAUGCCAGGACGGAUGCUGUCCGGUCCGCCUUCUGCCGGACCGCCACCAGGGGGCAUGCCUCCCAUGAUGCCCCCACGUCACCCUGGAGCCCCCAAUGGCAUGUAUCCUGGCCCCCCGCCUGCACAACCAGAGGCGAUGCCUCCAGCUCCCGUGGCUCCUCCAGCGCCCCCAAGUGGCCGGGUGUCUGACAAUUAAGGCGUACAAACAGAAAAAGCACAUGUGCAUAAAGCUAAAACUCUGUCUCUGACCUUUGCUUGUCGCUACGUUUUUCUCCUUCACAUUCAAGCAACCGUAAACUUUACUCCCCCUGACACACAGACCCACACUCUGGGAUCCAAAUUCACAAACACACAUGCAGACUUCCUCUCAGGGCACAGCAGCGAGGUUCAUCUAGUAAUAAACACUGUUUUACACUCUGUCGAGUAACAACGAGGCUGAAGACAACAAUCCUGUGGAUAGAAAACCAAACAAGGAGACAGAAAAUAUUUUUGAAAAAUCCUCCUUUCUCAGCUUCUUAUUUUGUUCGAAUGACACUGUAACGCUUUCCAGAGUAACAAAAAACAACCCCAUGCUCUCCUGUUCCCCGUUUCCGUCAGCGAUAAACCCCUAGAGGAGGCUUGUUGGGCCAGACAGCCAGUCUGUGUGCUGAGUAGCCUGAGCUGUGACAUGUGAGUGGAUCCAGCCUGCCCUCACUCCUGCUGAGUAUCUACCUCUCGCUCUUCUUUUAAAUGAUACACUGUAGCUCUGUGUGUGUGUGUGCGCCUGGAAGACGGAUGGAGGCUUGAAUUUGGUCUGUGAAGUUACAGAAAUCUACAACAGAGACAAAAAGUUACGGUUCACCUUCAGACGAAAAGCCUUCUAGGUCAAAUGUUGCUGGAAAGACUGUUAUGUUUCUGAUGAGGUUCUCCCAAACAAAGCUGGUAGGUGUAAUAUGUUCAGUCCUUAAUAGCUUUUUGUUGCAGAUUAAAAGAAAAUACUAGAAAAUUAUGCAGGAAUCUUUUAAAUGCCUCACAUUUUAGCUGCUUUGAUCAGUUUUCGUCAAACAAGACAGCAGCAUUCUUCUUUUUAAGUUAAACUAAACACCUGCCUUGCUCUGAUCUUAUGUAAUAAAUAUAUUUGAUGCUGUUAGGAAGCUACUUUCAGGUGCAGUGCAGGCUGACCUCAUUUUGCUUCAAAUACAAUAGCAGCAUCAACAAAAUACGAAUAAAUAAAGCUUAGAAAACCGAAGCUGAAGUAUUUCUUAAUUUUCUUUUGCUUAAAUAUAGAAUUUUGUUACAGAUCUGAUCGGGCCGCCGAAGGAUUCACAGACUAAACAUCCGUUCUUCUGUCUCAGUUCCCAGAGCGCGACAACGCACAGAGAAAUGUAAACUAAGCUCAGGCAAACACUGGAGGCUGCAUGCACACACCCACAUCUUGGUUCAAACCUGGCACUGACCCUUACACACACCCACACACACACACACACACACAAAUCCUCUGCUGACCUUCACACAGUGAGAGACGCUGCGUUUUUGCUUGAACGAGACGGUGCCGAUUCUGUAGCUAUUCGACCCUCCUCUUCCUCUGCUCCGUUUCCUCACGCCUAGCACUGCCUACCUCGCUAACACCUCCUCCUCUUCUGUUUCUCACUUUUCACAAAUCGCCGUAAAGCUCUGCAAUAUUCUGCAAUCUUAUCCAAUCUGUGGUUGAAACAAAGAAAAACAAAUGAUGUGUUGAUCCUUGAAAUUUCUGUUGAUGCAGUCCAGUAGUACCAUCUUGUUUGGUUGAGAAGAAUAUUGUCGAAAUGUGACGUUAAAGUUCGGCUUCACUUCACCAAUAGCCAAAAUUAUAAACAAACGCUUCUGUUUACAAUUACUCCUAACGACCAUCGCUGUUGUUUUUCAAUUACCAUUGUCUCGGUUGUCGGUAUUUAAGCCUAUAGUUGUAAAAUUUGAUCCGUUUUGCAUAUGAUAACUGCUUGCUGUGUACAACUUCUUAAACAUAAAUUAAGUCACAAGUUCACACAAGUUACUACGAAACCCAAAAACGGUACCUUAACUUCUAACUGUUCCUAUUUCCUUUAUAGCUCUGUCGGUGUCUCUGCUACCUCUUCCUCUUUCAUCUGCUAGCUACCUCUUCUAGAAAUCUUCCUCUUGCUCUCUGCUACCUCUCACACCCUUUAGCUACCUCUCGUUAGCCUUUCCUUUCCUUUCCUUUUUUAGUCUUUGUUUUUGAGUGCUGCCCACAUGACUGCUGUCACCGCUGCCCUCUUCUCCCAGGCUGCAGGAAGAAGAAAACGCAAACAUUCGUUCAUCGCGCUCUCAUUCACCGUGCCCUCUUUGUUUUCUUUUUUUCCUGUGUUAACAUCUAACUAGGUGUGUGAUUUAUCUUUACUUAAACAUGACAUGAUUCCCUUCUUACAUAUAUUAUCUUUUAUGGAUGCUUUUUUUGUGUUAAUGGUAAUGUAUUUUUAAGGAGAAGUUUUGUGUAGAUGGACGUUUUCUCUGUUUGUAGCAUUUGUUUUGUUUUUCUUUUUAUUUUGUAUGGGGUCUGUUGGUACUUGGACCUAGACACUGUCAAAUAAACUGUUUUCUAAUAA